CGGGGAUCCGGUCGCCGAUCGACCCGCGAUCUGUCCCCUCUUUGUGGUCACUCCCUUUUCGCUUGCCCCCUUUGCUCCUCUGCCACCUUCGUUCGCGUGCUGUCUCUCCCCCUCUGUCUCCUGUGCACCGUCAUGGGAGAUGCCCCCCCCGGGCCGGCCCGCACACUGUGCACUCUCCCCCCGCCUCUGCCUGCGCCUCGAGUGCGCUUUCGUCUGGAUGCGUUGGCGGAGGAUCUCCACGCCCGGGCGUGCCCGGGCGCCAUGGCCAAUGGCCCGCCCGCGGUGUCCUGGUCCCUUGUCUUCGACCGGCUUGGCCUGGAUCCGGAGCCGGCCAAGGACGACGAGUUCCUUGCUCCGCUGCCGGGCUCGCCCUCGAAAGGGGCAUCUCGCUCCGGCAGCAGGAGCCAUGUCGCCUCUCCGACCCGGGGCCCAAACAGCCGGGCGGCUCCGGGCGCUCGGGAAAGCCCAAGUGCCAAGAAGAUCCGACCGGCAAGUGCGAAAGCCACUCCGAGGGCCUCCUCGUCCAGUCGAAUGGCCAUGCUGGCCACGACGGCCCCCCCGUCGGAGCGCCCCACCCCGGUGACCAUGGCAAUGCCGGGCAUGGUCCAGGGUGCCUCCGGCACCCCGGCUGCCUCAGCCCGGUUGAUGGGCCCAGCAGCGGUCACAGCGAAUUCCCCCGCAUCCCGGGCUCGGGCCACAUUCGGAUUGGGGACAUCAUCUCCCGCGGCUGGUCCGGCAUCGACAGCCGGUGGCUCGGCCCCUCCGCCAGCCACGAAGACCAUGCCCCCAGCCACCGCCCAGUCAUCCGGGCCGCCGCCCCCCGCCGUAGUCAUGUCACCAAGCAAGGCAGCAAAGCCGAAGGCCCCUCGAGCGCUCAGGACCCCGGCGGUCCGGGAGUCUGUUUCUGAGGCCCCUCAAAAGACCCUGCCCCCGGCAGCUCAGCCAGCCCCACCGCAGGCACCUCAAGCAUCCGUGACGCAGGCGUCUCGGGCACCCGUGGCACAGGCGUCUCGGGAAGCCUUGCCGCAGGCUCCUGAAGCACCCGUGGCACAAGCCCCUCAAGCACCCGUGGCACAGGCCCCUCAAGCACCCAUGGCACAGGCCCCUCAAGCACCCAUGGCACAGGCCCCUCAAGCACCCAUGGCACAGGCUCCUCAAGCACCCAUGGCACAGGCUCCUCAAGCACCCAUGGCACAGGCCCCUCAAGCACCCAUGGCACAAGCCCUUCAACCACUCGUGGCACAGGCCCCUCAAGCGCCCGUGCCGCAGGUGCAUCAGCCACCGAGGACGCCAGGGCGCCCCAAGGCCCCCACGCGGCAGGCGGCCCGAGCGUCCCCCCGACAGGGGGUCUCAGACCGAACGUCGCAAAAACCCCCAGCAUCCCCGGUACAAGCAAGCCAAGUGGCGGCCCCGCGGGCAGCUCGGGUGCCGCCACUCUCGGCUCAGCCGGCUUCCUUGCGGCGCCCGGCCCCCCGGUCAUCCUUCAUCGACAUCGACUGUGACGUGUCCUCCGGCGAGUCGGACUCGUCGGACGAUGGGGACUUCGACAUUCCGAACACGCAGGAUCGCAUGUUCAUUGAUGACCGCGACUCGGAGUCGGCCUCAUCGCCGAGCAGCUCGCCGAGCCAGCUGGGGCUCCGGUUCUUGGAGGCCGUCAGCCCCCUGGCACGGGGGUCCCGACGCCGGGGGCCGCCAGCCGCCGGGGCCUUCCAACUGACCGGCCAAAGCCUGUGGGCCGAUCGGGCCGAUGCGGAGGCCGACUUCGAUCCCGACUCUCAGGGGACGACACAGGCCGACUCGAGCCUGUGCGACUUCAUCGUCAGUGACGAGGAGGAUGUCGAGGAAAUCGACCUGCUCGGGAGUUCCGAUGAGGAGUGCCACGACGAUGGGGAUGGCGAUCCGGCGCAGCCAUGCGGGACCGGCCGGGGCCGGGGCCGGGGCCGGGGCCGGUCCGGGCGUCUGGUUCUCGGGAAUUCCUGGGACGGGCCGCCGGGGUCGGAGGCGCUGGCUCCGGUCGACAGGGGCCGGACAAACCGCCGGCGCCGGCGCCAGCGGCUGCUGGCUAAUGCGGAGGAUCUUUUCGCGCACAUCGAUGAUGGUGACGACCUUCAUCAUGGACCCCCUCGGCGGAGGCGUGUUCGCGAGGCUCUGUCCCAAGUAACCUUCUCCCAGUUCUAG